AUGAAAAGUGAUAGAAAAGUUAAGCUAAUUCAAUCUUCAAUUGACAAAACUAAAGAUAAUAUAAACCUAGAUAUUCUAGAAAAUACUGAUACUAAGCCAAUACCAAUAGAAAUCUUCCCUAUACAAAGCAAGGAACCAACAAACCAAAACU